AUGGCUGCGCCAAUUUCCACCGUCGCGGAGAGCAAGGAGCUCCGCGGACUCAACCUCAUCGCUGCCCAUUCGCAUAUCCGAGGUCUUGGUGUCGAUGCAGACUCUUUACAACCGAGAACGUCCUCACAGGGACUCGUUGGCCAGGAGAAGGCACGGAAGGCUGCUGCGGUGAUUCUGCAGAUGGUGAAGGAAGGGAAGAUUGCUGGGCGAGCCGUGUUGAUCGCAGGACCUCCCAGCACCGGAAAGACAGCUAUCGCUAUGGGCAUGGCACAGUCGCUUGGACCUGAUGUGCCGUUCACAAUGCUUGCUUCCUCGGAGAUUUUCUCAAUGGAGAUGUCCAAGACAGAGGCACUUACGCAGGCAUUCCGGAAGUCGAUCGGUGUCCGCAUCAAGGAAGAGAGCGAAAUCAUCGAGGGUGAAGUUGUGGAAAUCCAAAUUGAUCGGAGCGUUACUGGCGGCCACAAACAAGGCAAACUUACCAUCAAGACCACCGAUAUGGAGACCAUUUACGACAUGGGAACGAAAAUGAUCGAUUCGAUGACCAAAGAGCGUGUGAUGGCUGGAGAUGUUAUCUCCAUCGACAAGUCCUCGGGGAAGAUCACAAAAUUGGGUCGCUCGUACGCUCGUUCUCGGGAUUAUGAUGCGAUGGGCGCCGAUACCAAAUUUGUCCAAUGUCCCGAGGGUGAACUGCAAGUCCGCAAGGAGAUUGUCCACACCGUGAGCCUCCAUGAGAUCGAUGUCAUCAACUCCCGGACACAGGGCUUCCUGGCACUAUUCUCGGGUGACACAGGUGAGAUCCGGAGCGAGGUUAGGGACCAAAUCAACACCAAGGUGGCCGAGUGGAAGGAAGAAGGCAAAGCAGAGAUUAUUCCGGGCGUGUUGUUCAUUGACGAGGUGCAUAUGCUGGACAUUGAGUGCUUCUCUUACGUCAACCGUGCAUUAGAGGCGGAACUCGCUCCUAUUGUUAUCAUGGCCAGCAACCGUGGCCAUGCCCGGAUCCGUGGCACAACAUACAAUUCACCCCACGGGCUCCCUCUCGACUUCCUUGACCGUGUCGUGAUUGUGAGCACGCAGUCUUACUCUGCCGAGGAGCUCCGGCAGAUUUUGGCUAUUCGUGCCCAAGAGGAAGAAAUUGACCUCUCCCCCGACGCUCUCGCACUCCUGACUAAGAUUGGCGAGGAGUCGGGCCUACGGUACGCGAGCCAUAUCAUCACCACUUCCAAUCUCCUUAGCCAAAAGAGAAAGGCGAAGGAGGUUAGCAUCGAUGAUGUGCAGCGCAGCUUCCGGUUGUUCUUCGACCCCAACCGGAGUAUCAAGUUUGUGAGUCAGUUUGAACAAAGAUUCAUUAGUGAUCAAGGCAACGUGGACUUUUCUACUGCUAAUGGAGGAGAUGCUAUGGAGAUCUCCUAG